UAAGAAAGCUCCAAUUUUUAUUAAUUAAAGGCCGUUGUUUUCUCUGCCCUGCUAAAACCCCACAAAAACCUCUUCAGAAAUUACAUUGCCCAAACCCAAAUGGCUCUCUCCUUGUACUCGCCAGCAGUCUCUCCGUCAAUAGCUUUCUUCGGGAGGAAUUUUGAGGGGAGACAGAGGGUCAGUGGUGAAUUGUUAUGGAGGAACCAAUCUCAGAAGAUUACGAGGACAAUGAUGGUGGUGAGAGCUGGGGCAAAGAAGAUAUCAUAUGGGAAAGAAUGUAGGGAGGCUUUACAAGCUGGGAUUGAUAAGCUUGCCGAUGCUGUUUCACUCACUUUAGGUCCUAAAGGAAGAAAUGUUAUACUCUCUGAGUCUGGGGCGCUGAAAAUAAUUAAUGAUGGUGUUACAAUUGCCCGAGCCAUAGAGCUUUCAGACACAAUUGAGAAUGUGGGAGCAAUGCUAAUGCAAGAGGUUGCAAGUAAAAUGAAUGAUUUGGCUGGUGAUGGUACCACAACUGCAGUAAUAGUGGCUCGAGAAAUGAUCAAAUCUGGGUUGUUGGCAGUUUCUUUCGGAGCUAACCCCAUUUCUAUAAAGAAGGGAAUGGAUAAGACCGUUAAAGAAUUGGUCAAGAUUUUAAAGAAUAAAAGUUUUCCCAUAAAGGGACAGGAUGACAUAAAAGCUGUUGCUUCAAUCUCUGCUGGAAAUAAUGAGUUUGUUGGUAACUUGAUUGCUGAAGCUAUAGAGAAGAUUGGCCCAGAUGGAGUAAUUUCUAUAGAAUCAUCCUCGUCAUUUGAGACCUCAGUGACGGUUGAAGAAGGAAUGAAGAUUGAUAAGGGUUAUAUGUCACCCCAUUUCAUCACAAACCAGGAUAAAUCUCUUGUGGAGUUUGACAAUGCUAAAGUCCUGAUAACUGAUCAAAAAAUUUCAACCGUUAAAGAAAUAGUUCCUUUACUAGAAAAGACAACCCAAUUGAGUGUCCCACUGCUAGUCAUUGCUGAAGAUAUCUCAAGGCAAGUUCUGGAAACACUGGUGGUGAACAAAAUGCGAGGUUUACUUAAUGUUGCUGUUGUCAAAUGUCCAGGAUUUGGAGAGGGAAAAAAAGCUCUGUUGCAAGAUAUUGCCCUUAUGACAGGUGCUGAUUUCCUUUCUGGAGAUUUGGGUCUGGCCCUCGAAGGUGCAACCUCUGAUCAGCUUGGCAUUGCAAGAAAAGUAACUAUAACAAGUAAUUCAACAACCAUAGUAGCUGACCCUUCUACAAGAGCUGAAAUUCAGGCAAGAAUCUUGCAGAUAAAGAAGGACCUAGCUGAAACAGAUAGUUCAUAUUUGUCAAGAAAGCUCUCAGAAAGAAUCGCUAAGCUCUCUGGAGGUGUGGCUGUAAUUAAGGUAGGAGCACACACUGAGGUGGAACUUGAAGAUCAAAAACUCAGAAUAGAGGAUGCAAAGAAUGCGACAUUUGCUGCCAUGGAUGAAGGAAUAGUGCCUGGUGGUGGUGCUACUUAUGUACAUCUAUUGGAGCAGAUUCCUACAAUAAAAACUUCUAUGAAAGAUCCAGAUGAACAAAUUGGUGCUGAUAUUGUAGCAAAGGCACUCAUUGUACCUGCAUUGUCAAUUGCAACUAAUGCAGGAGUUGAUGGAACAAUUGUUGUGGAGAAGACUCGUAGUUGUGAUUGGCGAGUUGGAUACAAUGCAAUGACAGGAAGAUAUGAAGAUCUUCUGAAUGCUGGAGUAGUAGAUCCUUGUCGGGUUUCAAGAUGUGCACUUGAGAAUGCUGUUUCCAUUGCUUCAGUGGUCCUUACAACUCAAGCUGUGUUGGUAGAGAAAACAAAGAAGCCAAAGCCGCCUGUACCUCAUGUUCCAGGUAUAAGUCCUUGAGGACACAAAGGCAGUUGGAUGGAGGAAUUGAAAAUUCAUAUAUUUUUUUGGGUUAAUGUAAUGUAGUUGACACAAGUGAUUGUGGGGGUUUUUGUUUAUUGAAACUCAUGAAUAAUAAGUUAUCUAUAAUUCUUAUUUCCAAGAGAAAUUCUAGAA